AUGCCAUCGAUCGACCUACAGGAAAUCAUACCACCUCAACCUUCGACGCAGCGUAAUUUUACCACGCACUUGUCAUACGACUCUACCACUAACGCAAUUGCCUACCCAUGUGGUAAGUCUGCCUUUGUGCGUUGUUUGGAUGACAAGACCAAGGAGCUACCUGCGGUGAUCCAGUUUACAGGCCAUGGCUCUUCAGUGGUGACAACCGUGAAAUUUUCUCCUAUUAAGGGUUCUCAGUAUUUAUGCUCUGGUGAUGAAUCCGGGAAAGUGAUUGUCUGGGGUUGGGCUUUUGACAAAGAAAAUAACUCUGUUGAAGUAAAUAUUAAGUCUGAGUUCCAAGUCCUAGCUGGUCCGAUUAGUGAUAUCUCCUGGGACUUUGAAGGUCGGAGACUUUGUGUUGUAGGGGAAGGUCGCGACAACUUUGGUGUUUUCAUAUCCUGGGACUCCGGUAAUUCCCUUGGUGAAAUCUCAGGUCACUCACAGCGCAUUAACGCCUGUCAUUUGAAACAAUCUAGACCUAUGAGAUCCAUGACAGUCGGAGAUGACGGGUCCGUUGUAUUUUACCAAGGACCUCCAUUCAAGUUUGCUUCUAGUGACAGAGUCCAUCACAAACAAGGUUCCUUCGUCAGAGACGUCGAAUUCUCGCCGGGCACCGGUGAAUUUGUGGUCACGGUAGGAUCCGACAGGAAGAUUUCCUGCUUUGAUGGUAAAACAGGUGAGUUUGUGAAAUAUAUAGAGGAUGAUCAAGAGCCAAUCCAAGGUGGUAUAUUUGCGUUGUCUUGGCUUGAUUCCCAAAAGUUUGCCACUGUAGGAGCUGACGCUGCCAUUAGGGUGUGGGACGUAACAACUUCCAAGUGCGUUCAAAGAUGGACAUUAGACAAGGAACAACUGGGGAACCAACAAGUUGGUGUUGUCGCAACAGGAAAUAAAAAUGUCAUCUCACUUUCAUUGGAUGGUACGUUGAAUUUCUAUGAACUUGGAAACGAUAAAAUUUUGAAGAGUAUUAGCGGUCAUAACAAAGGUAUUACCGCUUUAGCAGUAGAUCCACUAAUCAGUGGUUCAUACGAUGGUAGGGUCGUGGAAUGGUCUAAUUCGGGCCCUUCCAUGCAUCAAGAUCACUUCAAUUUGGUGGUAUCAUUGGACAACAGUAAACCGCAAGAAUACUCAAGUAUUUCUUGGGACGAUACUUUGAAAGUCAAUGGUGUCACUAAACAUGACUUUGCGUCGCAACCAAAGGUUGCUAGCGUAAAUGAUGAUGGUUUCACAGCAAUCAUCACAAAUGAUGAUGAUUUGUUGGUAUUGAAUUCGUUCACCGGAGAGAUAUUAAAGACCGUAAGGUUGAAGUCACCAGGUUCUGCAGUUAGCUUGAGUCAAAAUCAUGUUGCGGUUGGUCUGGAAGAAACCAAUGUCAUUCAGGUGUUCAAAUUAUCAGACUUGGAGGUUAAUUUCGAAUUAAAAACUCCUCUCCGUGCAAAGCCUUCCUACGUAUCGAUUUCACCAUCCGAAAAGUACAUUGCUGCUGGUGAUGUAAUGGGAAAGAUAUUGCUGUAUGAUUUAGAAACAAGAGAUGUUAAAACCUCGAGAUGGGCUUUCCAUACCAGUAAAAUUAACGCAAUUUCAUGGAGACCUGCCGCUAACACAGGUGAAGACGAAUGCGAGGAAGACCUUGUUGCCACUGGCUCCCUAGAUACCAAUAUUUUCAUCUACUCUGUCAAGAGACCCAUGAAGAUUAUUAAGUCAUUGAACGCACAUAAGGACGGGGUCAAUAAUCUUUUGUGGGAGACCGAGUCUGAUUUGGUCAGCGCAGGUGCAGAUGCUUGUAUCAAGAAGUGGAAGGUAGAAUUUGAAUAA